UAGAUGUACGUGUCAAAGUCCUCUUUAUCGGAGGUUAUUUUUAUUGAAGGUAUCUCAGGUGCUCUGUGUUUACAAGCGCACUUUUAAUUAUUUGUUAGUUAUUGCAAAGGAUAAUUAGGUAGUAAUGUAUCAGAGCACACUGAGAGCAGUCACUGGGCAGAGAAUUAAGCAGAACUUGAGCAUCUACUUGAAAGGCGCAAGUAUGGUGAAAAGCAACACCAUGACCGUUAAGAAUAUGGCAACAAAGGCGCUUCCCAGGUUGCCUGUACCAACCCUCGAUCAGACGCUUUAUAAAUAUUUGGAGUCUGUUCGACCUUUGCUGAGUAAUGAAGAGUUUGCGAAGACUUUGGAGCUGACCGAAAAGUUCGCAAAUACGGAUGGAGCGAAAUUGCAAGCUCUGCUCCUCGAGAAGGCACAUGAAGCUGAGAACUGGCUCGCUGAUUGGUGGCUGAACGCUGCCUACCUGGACUUCAGAUCUCCGUUGGUGGUGUGGUCCAGUCCUGGACAGCUCAUGCCCUUCACCCAUUUCAAAGACAUCCAUGAUAGACUCCUGUAUAUUGCCAACGUUAUCGAAGCCACCAUCGAAUACAAGAAAUUAAUUGAUGAUGAUAAGAUUCCAGUUGAUAUGAUGGGAAAGGAGCCAUUAGAUAUGCAGCAAUACAAGAAGGUGUUUGGCACGUGCCGGAAUCCUGCAUUGCCGCGGGAUGUUCAAGAAUUUAAUCCGCAAUCCAAUCACAUCAUAGUUGCACACAGAAAUCAUUUUUUCAAAGUCAAUCUCUGUGGCAAGGAUGGAAAUAAGUUGAGUGUCAAUCAGCUUGUCUCGCAACUGAAGUACUGUAUAGAAUUAUCCAAGACGAGCGCACCGGCUGUUGGUAUUUUGACCUCCGAUCACAGAGAUAAUUGGUCUAUUGCCUAUCAGGUAUUGAUGCAAGACGAGACCAAUAGGAACUCGGUGGAUGCUAUACAGAAGUCUCUGUACGUGAUGAGCAUAGAUCAAGCGAUGCCCAAAAUCGAGGGACAGAAUAGGCACACAGAGGCGAGCCAUCAGCUGAUCCAUGGAGGCGGCAGCAAGGUGAACGGUGGAAAUCGCUGGUUCGAUAAAACCGUUCAGUUCAUAAUCGGGGAGAACGGUGUCAACGGCUUAUGCUACGAGCAUUCGCCAGCAGAAGGUGUACCGAUCGCGGUAAUGGUAGACUUCUUGGUAGAAUACAUGAAGAGAGAUGGCUCCAAGGGAAUACCGGACGCGGACGGAGUAGAGUUGCCCAUCCAUCUGGAGUUCAACGUGAAUGCGGACGUGGAGAAGGAGAUCAUAAAGUCUUGCAAGAAUCUGGACGCAUUGGCCGCUGACCUGGACAUGGAUUCCUUCUCCUUCGAUGUUUACGGCAAGGAGUUUGUGAAGAAGCACAAAAUCAGUCCAGACUCAUAUAUACAGAUGGCGAUGCAGUACGCUUUCUACAGGAUGUACAACUAUCCCGGAGCGCACUACGAGUCUGCCGCCACCAGGAAGUACUUGCACGGUCGCACGGAAACAAUCAGAUCCUGCUCAACGCAAUCGGUGGCCUUCGCCAGGGCCAUGAUGGACGAUGCUAAAACUCCCGAGGACAAGGUUAAAAGUUUGAGGGAGGCGGUGGACAGCCACAAAAAAUAUACCGUCGACGCACUAAACGGUUUUGGCGUGGAUAGGCACCUCCUCGGAUUGAAGCUGACAUCGCUCGAGCAAAAUAUUUCGCUGAACCCGUUCUUCAAAGACGUUGCUUUUACCAAGAGCAAUAGUUUCAGACUUUCCACGAGCCAGGUGGCCACCAAGUGCGACGCCUUCAUGUGCUAUGGUCCGUUGGUCAUGGACGGUUACGGAUGCUGCUACAAUCCGCGAAGCAACAACAUCAACUUUGCUGUCUCCUCUAUGCAUUCCAACCCGGACACCAGAUCCUCGCAGUUUAGGGAAGCUCUGGAGCAUAGCCUUCUCGACAUGCAUGACAUACUCGUCCGUGUUCAAAAAUCCAAACUUUAAACGCUUAAAGUUAUCAAUUAUUUUUAUUUUUUAUAUAUAUAUAAACAAGGUCGUUUCUUUUUUUUAUAUAUUCU